AUGGUUUCGAAUGAAGGUUCGGAAGAAAUUGGCGAAGAACCGAGGUUACCAACGACUGCAACAGUUGAGAAAGUUUUACAAAAUCUCGAAUUAAAUAGUCCUUUAAAUCUUACGCCAAUAACAAAUUUCAUUCGACAAGAAGUUGUUUCUAGAAUAUCAUUUUUCGAAAAUAAAAUCUCUAAAAUAUGGUUAUUCCAAAUGUUUGUUCAACUGGGGAUUCCGCAAGUCUAUUUAUUUGCGGCUUUAAUGAUCUUUUCGGGAAUGAUGGUUAGGAGCAUGUAUAAGAAAUCUGUUUAUCUUUUAUGUAAUUUAGUUGGUGUGGUAUAUCCUGCAUAUAAAUCAAUUCAAGCAAUUGAUCUUUCAACAAAUGAUAAUGAGAAAGGGGAAGCUUCAAAUUCAUCAAUUAUAGCUUUUAAUGAACAAAAGCAAUGGCUAACUUAUUGGGUAGUGUAUGGAUGGUUACAAGUAGCUGAUAAUUGGUCAAAUUGGUUGUUAGAAACAUUUCCGGGAUACAAUUUUUUUAAGUUGAUAUUUCUAUAUUGGGCACAAAAUGAUCGUUCAAAAGGUGCCACCUUAAUAUUUGAAAAAUUGUUAAAACCUUUACUAAAGAAACCACUUAUUAAUAAUAUUCAAAAUACCACCACAAGUCAAAAACAACGACAAACGUUCCGACAAAAACAGCAACCUAUUCAACAAUCCAUAAUCACGAGAAGGGUCGUUGAAGGAAUACCUUCAUCUAGUGUCUCAUUUAGACCCGACCCACCACCUGAGGAGAUAUGGAAGACGGAUACCGUUGCAACGUCACGUGAAAGUGAAGUUAAACCAUAUCGUCUGAAUAGUGUAUCAUAG